AUGGACACAGUCAAAUCAGUUAUUGAUAAAGCCACUGGAGGUGAAUCCGCCAUGGCCAACCCCGGAGGUGAAACUGCUUCCAAGGGAGAGUUCCCAAAGACUGGUGAUUUCCCAAUUGAAUCACAAGUUGACAGAGCAGUCGGUAUCCAAGAUGAUAUGACUAAAAAACCAAACUCUGCUACUGUUCAGGAAGGACAAGAUGAUUUCUCUCAAUAUAAAGCUGCCAAAAAGCUUUUGGGAAAGAAGACUAUCGUCACUGGUGGUGAUUCAGGUAUAGGUAGAGCAGCAGCUGUCAUGUUCGCCAUGGAAGGUGCCGAUGUCGCCCUCGUCUAUCUCCCAGAAGAACAAGUAGAUGCUGAGAAAUCAAAAGAGCUCAUCGUAGCUGCAGGUGGACAAUGUUUACUCUUCCCUCAAGAUAUUAGAGACGAACAAGGUUGUAACAGAGUUAUUGAAAGUGUCGUUCAAGCUUGGGGUAAGAUCGAUGUUUUAGUAAACAACGCAAGUGUUAUGUACUCGAUCCCUGAUAUAACCGAUAUCACAACUGAACAAUUCGACCGAACUAUCAAAACCAACAUCUACGGUACCUUCUUCCUCACCCGAGCUGCUGUACCCCACAUUCCCAAGGGUGGUUCCAUUAUCGUCACUGCUUCUCAAGUCGCAUACGCCGGUCCACCCAUGCUGGUAGACUACAGUAUGACCAAGGGAGCCCAAGUAGCAAUGGUUAGAUGUUUAUCAAACCAACUUCUUUCCAAAGGUAUCAGAGUAAAUGCUGUCUGUCCCGGCCCUGUAUGGACCCCACUCCAACCCGCAGCUAUGGAUGAAUCUCAGAUGAAAGAAUGGCACAGCAGCCCUGCUCCGAUCGGAAGAAUUGGACAGCCAAGCGAGUUGGGGCCUGCAUAUGUGUUCUUAGCUAGUCAAGACGCUUCUUUUAUCUCUGGACAAUCGAUCCACGUCAACGGAGGAGCGAUUGUUGCCGGAUAA